AUGGUUUCUGCUGGAGAGAUUCUUACUUGUCAAAGUGCUGUGGAUUACAGUUCUCGUUAUGAUCUGAUUUAUGAUAAGCUUGUCAUUGGUGUAGGGGCUAUCAGUAGUACCUUUGGGGUUCCAGGAGUGUCUGAACAUGCCUUCUUUCUAAAGGAAGUUGCUGAUGCUAGGGCCAUCAGGAAUUGUAUUCUCAGUAACUUUGAAUUGGCACUCCAUCCAAACAUGACAGAGCAGGAUAAGAGACGACUUCUUCACAUUGUUAUUGUUGGUGGUGGACCAACUGGAGAUGUUUCCAGACUUUACAAGGAAGAACAGAAGUUGGUCCUGGUUUCCCUAAUAGAAGGUCGGAAGGUACUGGGUGCUUUCAAUCAGAAGCUACAACAGUAUGCCGUCAAGAAGAUUAAAGCUAGGAAACAGAUGGAAUUAUUACAGGCCAAUAUCAAUAAAGUGGAAGCUGAUGGCGUGACCUUGUCUGAUGGUAGAUUUCUUCCUUGUGGUCUAGUGGUAUGGUCAACUGGUCUUGCUCCACGGAUUUAGUUCAUGGAUUUGUGGCGAUCAGCAUACCUGACACGUCUUGGCAGCUGGCGACUUCGUAUGCAGGUCCCUGUUGAUUGGACCUAGACUCUUCUAUUCGGCAGAGACAUUUCAAGGUUCUAGACCAGUCAUAAGAUCCAGAGAAGACUGUCUGAGUGAGCAUUAGAUCUACCAAUGGACUUGGCCCUUCUGACAUGGAGAGGCAUUGACAUAUGUGUCUGACAGCUUGGGAAACAGACCUUGAUCAACUCUGGGGUUAGUUGCAAGAAACUUGCAACCAAUUUCAAAUCAAUUUUAGGUCUUAAAAUCCAUAAGUAGUCUUCUAAUGGGUUGAUAGCUUGUUUCUUCCACAGAUCUAUUGCAUAUGUGUAAAAUUGCAAUUAGAGGAUCAGUAGCAACUAUAGUCAAUCAAUGUUUUCUUUCUGCUGCAGGAUAUAGGCUAGCAAUUGCAAAGUUUGAUUAAUUGCAAUGCUCAUGAUCAAUUAUAGAAAUUACAUUUUAAUUGCAUUGAUUGCAAGUCUUUUACAAUGCUCUUUUAAGGAGUUAGGUCUUAUAGUUUUUGCAUUGCCUUGCUGUUAUAGUUUUGCAGAUGGCUUUGAUGGUGGUUUGAUGGUUUACAUUGAUUUGCAUCGUGAGAAUAAUUAUAUCUUAUGGAUUUACAAUUCCUCUAUUAGUGAUUACAGUAACAUCCUUAUGACUGUCUGUGCAUAAUAACUUUGCCAGAUUUCUUUUCUAUUUGUUCCACCCCUUUUUUUCCCAUGCACUAAGCGGCUUCUUCAAUUGAAGAGCAUAUACCAAAACUCUGUUAUUUCUUGACUAAAUAAAUUGGUUUUAUUCCUCAAUUUACCAUGUAGUGUAGGUAAUUUUACUACAUAAGUGAGAAGUAUAGUAGCCAUGUACAUUCCAAAUACCCAAACUUGUAAAGCUAGAAUUGUAUUCCCAUAGAUGUUGUAUAUGGACCAGUGAGUUGGCAGUUGGGUGUAUAACCAUAUGAUCUAGCUUUAUGGGGGCCUAUUCAGGGUAUUCUUUUAUUCCCAUGCAUGGACCAGUGAGUGGGCAUGCAGUUGGGUGUAUAAUGGUAUGAUCUAGGUCUAUCAUGUCUAUGGGGGCCUAUUCGGAGUAUUCUUUUAUUCCCAUGGACCAGUGAGUGGGUAUGCAGUUGGGUGUAUAACGGUAUGAUCUAGGUCUAUGGGGGCCUAUUCAGGGUAUUAUUCUUGAUUUCAUUUUGUUUGGCAAUCUGUCACAAUUCACGAUACAUUCAUACAUUUGAAUGAUGUUUUGUCUCCAACCCCCCUCCCCCCUUUCAUUGUGAUGCAAUCACUGGAGGGGGAAUGAAUUAACAAAUAAAUAAUAUGUGGACAAGUGAUAUUU